UAUCAGUCUCUACUAGUUGUACAGCUGUCCCUUAUUUGAUAUCAGAGAGCCCAAUGGAGCCUUCUGAAGAACCUAGUCAUAUUGGCAAAGAUAACUUUUUAGGAAUUCCCAAUUUAUCUGAUUCUCCUUCUGAAGAUGAAGAAGUUAAAGCUAUCUUCAAACCUCGUUUCUCCCCUCAACCUAGUAGACGAGGUUCUGAUUCUUCUGAAGAUAUGUACCUGGACACUCCAUCUUCAGGUGCAAGAAGAGUGUCAUUUGCUGACACCUUUGGAUUCGAUCUUGUGUCUGUCAAAGAAUUUGAUUGCUGGGAAUUACCAAGUGCUUCACCCAAUUUUGAUUUAAGGAAGGACAUUUUCCACACAGAAGAAUAUGUUUUAUCUCCACUAUUUGAGUUGCCUUCUUCAAAAGAAGAUCUUAUGCAACAACUUCAAGCACAGAAGGCGAUACUGGAGUCAACUGAGUUUCUUCCUGGGUCUACAAGUAUGAAGGGCAUUAUUCGAGUUUUGAAUAUUUCUUUUGAAAAGUUAGUGUAUGUCAGAAUGUCCAUAGAUGACUGGCAGACACAUUAUGACAUUUUAGCAGAAUAUGUCCCAAAUUCAUGUGAUGGUGAAACUGACCAGUUCUCCUUUAAGAUUUUAUUGGUUCCUCCUUAUCAAAAAGAUGGCAGUAAAGUUGAGUUUUGUAUACGUUAUGAAACUUCUGCUGGUACGUUUUGGUCAAAUAAUAAUGGCACAAAUUAUAUACUGGUUUGUCAAAAGAAAGAACAAGAGCCGGAGCCUGUAAAACCACGGGAUGAAGUUCCUAGUAGACAAAUAAAAGGCUGCUUAAAAGUAAAAUCAAGUAAAGAAGAAUCAUUAGUAACAUCAGAUGAGAGUAACUUUGAGAAUUCAAAGAUUGCAGAUAUCUAUAUUCCAACAAUUGUUUGUUCUCAUGAGGACAAGGAAGAUUUGGAAACCAGUAAUCAAAAUGUAGAAGCUGUAAACAGGGAACAUGAUGAACAUAAUGAAAAAGAAUUAGAGUUGAUGAUAAAUCGACACCUAAUAAGAAGUACUACUUCAAGAGAUAAAAAGAAUACAUUUUCAAGAGAUCCAGUCAAUUUUCCAAGUAAAGCUGAGGGGUUAGAGAAGAAGCAAAUCCAUGGAGAAGUAGACACUGACGUGUUUAAAAGACUUUUUUCUCCAAGUACAUCAGCAGAAAGCUCCUUAAAGGGAAAUUUUUACCGCAAUGAAAGAUAUUCCUCAGAAAGUGAGUGUAGUCAUCAACCUUCAGAGGAAAUUACUUCAGAUAUGGGAGAAAUCAAACCAUCAUUGGGAGAUACUAGUAGUGAUGAAUUAGUGCAAUUAUCUAUCAGCAGCAAGGAAGUAUUGGAUGAUAAUGCUAAUCCAGCCCAAAGGAGAGGCAGAGUGCAAAUAUCUUGUCCCUACUCCUUUCAACUAAUGGCAGAUAACCUUAAUAAAAAACAUGAAGGAGGAGCUCAGAAAAUUGAAAUAAAAGAUCGGGAUUGUUUAAGAAGAGAUUUCCAUACGGAAGAGUCAACAAAAAUAGGAUCUUCCAAGAAAGAUUAUGACAAUGGUAACAAUGAGGAGGAGGAACAAAGAAUAUAUUUAGGUAUUAAUAAAAAACAAAGCAAAAAUUUCCGACCAAUCUUACAUGACCAAGAAAGGAAAAUGGGCCUCUCUGAAACAAGUGUGGAAGGGACUGACGUCAGCAACAGAAGCCUAACUUUCCUGCCAAGUAGAGAUACCACAAUUCCCAACCAGGAAAUCAGAGCAGAUACAUUUCAUUCACCAGGGAAAAAUCUAAAUUGGGAAGAAGCUGUGUUAACAGCUCCAGAGCUUGAUCUCUCAACUAGUGAAGGCACUACUUUAGGAGGGAUGCCUGGUCAAGUUUGUUCACCAAAAAACAGAAAUGUUUUGAGGAAUGAUUAUUUUUUCCAAGUUGAAGAAGAAAAAUCAGAUUGGAUUAAUCCUGAAGUUCAGAAUAAGAAAACACAGCAUAAACAAAGUUGGAAUGUUCUGGAAAGUCAGGGAAAAGCAAGGAAGAGUAAGACAAACAUAACAGAGCACAUCAAAGAACAGGCAGAUUGUGAAGACAUGUGGGAAAAAAGAGAUAAUACAGGGAUUUUGAAAGGUACUUCUACCAAAGAAUUGUUUACCUGCCAAGAAACAGUGAGCUGUGAACUGUCUUCUCUAGCUGAUAAUGGUAUUACUGAGAAAGCAGGAGCAGGUACAGCUUAUAUAAUUAAGACAACAUCAGAAAGUACUCCAGAAAGCAUGUCUGCUAGAGAAAAAGCAAUAAUUGCUAAGCUACCUCAAGAGACAGCACGAAGUGACAGGCCCAUCGAGGUAAAGGAAACAGCAUUUGAUCCACAUGAAGGGAGAAAUGAUGAUUCACAGUACACCCUUUGUCAACAAGACGCAGUAGGUGUAAUCUUUGACAAUGAUUUUGAAAAGGAAUCACAUUUAGGUCGUUGUAAUGUACAUGUAGAUAAAGUGGAGAAUGAAGAAACCAUAUCUAUGUACAAUCCUGGGAAGACACAUGACAGGAAGAAACACGGCAUUGGAAAUGUAACCUCUGUAGAAGAAUCCUUACAGGUCAUUACAGGCAAUCAAAAAGCAGCCUCAAAACUGGAUUUACAUUUGGGAAUGAUACCAACAGACAAAAAAAUAUUUACAGAAAAUAAAGAUCAUGUGCAGGCCCAAGAAUUAUCAAAGAAAACGGGUAUACAUGCUGUUAUUCAUUCUGCUUUAAACUCAGACACUAAUAGAGCUCCUCAGAAUGGCUCUCACGUUUCCAAUCACCAACCUAAACCUUCAGUGCCAUUUUAUGAAUUGGCAAUUGAGGGAGAGAAUAUAAUUACUACCAUGACUACCCAAUCUAUUUCUACUAAAUCAGAAUAUAAUUGGAAUCCAACAAGUGAAAUCCAGUGUAUUGAGAAGUACCCUAUUCCUGGGUCUCUAGCUGAAGAAGUUUCCAAAAGUUCAGGAAUAGUGAAAUCAGGUAGUAGGAGGGAAAGACUCACAAGCCAGAUGAUCCAACAGGGAGACAGCAGUGUGGAAAACUCUCUGCGGCCAACAACUUUCAUCAAUGAAGCUUUUGAGAGCAUGGAAGAGCCAAGGCAGGAGGAUGCAGGAUCAGUAAGCCCUGGACAACCACGGUGCUCUUCAGGCGAGGGUUCUGGAUGCUCUGCUUCUGCUAGUCUUCCUACCCAGGAAAAUCAAGCUCAAAGCAGUGAAUCUCUGCUUUCAAAAUACACCAACUCUAAAAUACCUUAUUUCCUUUUGUUUCUGAUAUUUCUUGUAACCAUCUAUCAGUAUGACUUAAUGAUUGGCUUAGUGUUCUACCUUUUUUCAUUGUACUGGCUAUCCUGGGAAGGAGGGAGACAAAAAGAGUCUGUCAAAAAGAAGUAACCUCAGCCCUCAGGAUUUUCUCUUGAAAGAUAAGCUUUUUAGCCCCAUUUGGAUUGGUAAAAGAGACUAUUCAUUGUUCAAAGAGCCAGUGCAGUUUUUCUCUUGAAGGAUCACUUAAAAAGGAAUGCGUAAGAAGUUUGCUCCUUCAUAUAAGUAAUUAUUCUAUAUAGGACCAUUAUGCUUGGAUCAUUAAAUACCUAUAUGAAUAUGAGAUCUGAAGCACGUCAAGUUGAAAUUAGGUACAGCUGUUGCCCCUUAGCAGGCUAUGAAGUUGCAAUGCUUCAUGUCUCUUCACUACUUAAAGUGCCAUUUCUUGCAUUCACUUCUUUUGCAGUGAAACUUCAUUUUUUCUUUCCCUGAGAGUAUUUUUCCCUCUACAGUUCUUAAAAAUAGAUAAAACAUGGACAAUGGUAGAAGACAUUUUUGGUGAAUGUCAUGCUAGUGCAGACCAUGAAAUUUGCAUUUACCACUGUAUCAUUCAUUUUGAAAUGAAUGAUAUGAAAAGAAAGAUCAAAUCUUUCAACUUCAACUUCAUAUUUUUAAGAACACCCAUGUAUACUGAAAUGCAUAAACUUGAAUUAUUUGCUUGAAUAAUACUUUAUACAUACACACAUCUUUUACCUCCUUUAUACUUAUAAAGUCAGAGUAUUCAUAAGCCAAAUCUAACAAAGACUGAAACAAUUGGGAAAUGAUCUCCCAAUUCUAGAAAAUUUUGUGGGUGCCCUGUCACUAAGCAAUGUUUUUCUCUUAUAAAGGGAGACUGUCUAACACAGCUGAAUAAUUUCAAUGUCAACUAUUAUUCAGAGUUGAAAAUUUAGAUUAAAAGCUCCAUAAGCAUUGCUUCAGAAUGAAUCUGUACCUAUAAAGCAUAAAUAUUAAAUGAUAUUAAUUAAAAAAGAUUUCCAAACGA